UUUACAUACGUGUAUUAGAAUAAUUCAAUAUUGUUAAUUAUUUAUUUAUGGAAUCAAUAUUUUAAAAGUUUAUUGUAUGAAAGUAACAUAUAUUUUAUGAAUUAAAAAAAAUACAAUGGCAACUGUUUUGACAUCGUUUCAUCCUAAUAAGAAGCACAGUGAUCGUGAAAGAUGGAUCUGCAUUUAUCCUUCUUACAUAAAUAGUAAAAAGACCUUAGCAGAAGGCAGAAAAAUUGCUAAAGAACAUUGUGUAGAAAAUCCUACGCAUCAAGAAAUUAGAGAUGUUCUUGCGGCAUCAAAUUUGAGAGUGGGCGUAGAAAAUAAAUUGUAUUCCAGAGAAAGAAGCAAGGAGCUGCUGUAUAGAGGAAGAAUCAGAGUCCAAUUACGCAAUGAUGAUGGAACACCAUUUAAUCCAGAAUUUCCAACUAGAGAAAGUAUAAUGGUACAUUUAGGCAAAAUGAUUCCACAAUUGAAAUCGCGCCAGGGAAGAAGUUCUACUGAACAAACUCAACCCGUCCAGCAAACAACUAGCAAUAAAGGGAAAGGAAAAGGCAAAGGAAGACGCUAAAUAUUUAUCAACUAAAUAUUG